CGCACCAUCUUUGCAAGCCUUUACACCGCUCCACCAUCACCGCCAAUUCUCUGCCUCCCAAAUAUCAAAUUCAAAAUAAACAACCCAUUGAAAGCAAAUAACACACCAUCUUCAAACUUGUUGCUGACAUAAGGUUAACGUUCACGAAGAGGCAGCAAGAGGCUGAGGGAAGGGAUUUCUUUCUCUCUCAAAUCGAAUAAAAAAUGGGAUUUCUUGUAAAAGGGGUUUAUGAGUUUAUUUCAACCACUGUUAUGUAAUAAUAUCAAAUUGAAUCAGUGAAAAAAUGUUUUAUUGUUGCUGCAAACGGGUGGUGUUUACUAUCAGUUUCCUCAUUUUUACCCAUGUUUUGUUUUCUCUCUCUUCAAUAGUGACAUUUUUUUUAUUAAUUUUUUCUUUGUAAUUAUCAGCGGUUGGAUUGUAAGCUGGAGAGAUGGCAGGAUAUAUAAUGCAGGAGGGGAUCCGCAUGCCACAAUUGUGAGAUUUCUUCAUCGGUAGAAAAACCCAAAGGGGCGGCGAAGGGAAUUUGCAGACAAACAUCACCGCCCCCGUCGUGGGUAACAAUGGAGGCUCGCCAUGCAUCUCUAGGUCGACGAACGCUUGAUGAAAUUCGUCAAAAGAGAGCACAGGAUAGAUUGGUUAAAGCCUCUUCUAGAUCAGAUCUAAGCCAGGUUCCGAGCAUCCCCGAGACUGCUGGAAUAAACAAGUCCGAGAGCGGAAAUAGACUCUCUUCUCAGGCAGAUGUUAGUUCCCUAUUAUCUCAAAUAAAAGUUCUGCAAAGGAAGAACAAUGAGUUGGAUGAAGAAAACAGGAAAAUAACUUCGAAGCUUCAAACAAUGGAAAUUGAUAAUGGUGCAAUGCACAAGCAGUUGAAUGAACUGGAGCAAAAUACGGUGCCAUCUCUUAGGAAAGCUCUCAGGGAUGUUGCAAUGGAGAAAGAUGCUGCAGUUGUUGCACGAGAGGACCUUUCAGCGCAGCUUCGUACCCUGAAAAAACGUCUUAAGGAGGCUGAAGAGGAGCAAUAUCGUGCGGAGGAAGAUGCAGCAGCAUUGCGAGCAGAAUUGAACUCAAUUCAGCAACAAUCAAUGACUAACACAGUUAGUACAAUACCAUCUAUUGGUCCACCCGACCACCAUCUUCAAAUAUUAGAAAAUGAGUUAGCUGGUUUAAAAUUGGAACUACAGCGUGAGUCACUAAUGAGGCACCAGGGGCAAGAACAAUUAGCUAAAGAGCAAAGCCGCAUUGCAUCACUAAUGUCUGAAAAGCAAGAGUUGGAAGAAAAAUUAAACUCCAUGUCAAGAGAGGCUGCAGAAGUCUCAGAUAAAGCAACUCAGAAGACAUUCACUAUGGAAGACAGGCAGAAACUUGAUAAGCAGUUGCAUGAUAUGGCGUUAGCUGUAGAGAGGUUGGAAAACAGUAGGCAGAAACUUCUAAUGGAGAUUGAUUCGCAAUCUACAGAAAUAGAGAGGCUUUUUGAGGAAAAUUCUAAUCUCUCAAGUUCAUAUCAAGAGGCAAUUGGAGCAGCAGCGAGAUGGGAAAACCAGGUGAUGGAGUGUCUUAAGCAAAAUGAAGAGCUGCGUGGGAUUCUAGAAAAUUUACGAGUGGAACAGGCCAAUGGCUUACCAGAAUCCUUUAAGAACGAGGUACAUGAGGUUGGUUCCUCGACAUCUACAGGAGAGGUGGCAUCUCUGAAGGGCCAACUUGUGAAGGAACUGAGCAGAGCAGAGGCACUGUCAGCAGAAGUCAUGCAGCUCUCUGCACAACUUGAACAAGUCAAACAAGCAUAUGAUGGUCUUGCACGCUUUUAUAGGCCGGUGCUGCGCAACAUUGAAAGUGGUCUCGUAAAAAUGAAGCAAGACAGUUCAUUGGUUGUACGAUAAUGGCAAUGAGCAGUUUCAUGAUGAUACUCUAGUUGCGAUUGUGAAGUCCUAAUUUGAUGACAAAUGGAUUUUUUCGUACCAUUGUUCAUAUCAAUUUUAUAAAAAUGAAGCAGGGUUUUUCAGUAACUGGCUGUGACGGGUCAGCAUGAGCAACCCUAUGUUAUACACAUGAAUUUGUAAAAUGUAUCAUUUUUAUACCAUGAUUAAUAUGUAAAGAACAUGCACUAUCAAAUGGGGAAGUAUAUUUAGAUGAUAGUUUUGUAUAAACCAAACUUAGAUCGAAAGUAUUGUGAAACCCUUUUUUUCUGGAAGACGUGUAUCCUCGUUAUAGGGUGCAUAACAAAGUUGUCUUUUGUAGUUUGAUUUUUGA